CCAUGGGCACGGUUGUGGAUGCUCCCGCAGUUGUGACUGAGAAGGAGGUGGUUGCUGAGAACAUGUUGGGUGACAAGAAAGUCACAGUAGUAUUUGUUCUUGGUGGUCCUGGAAGUGGAAAGGGCACACAGUGUUCCAACAUUGUUGAACACUUUGGAUUCACCCAUCUUAGUGCUGGAGAUCUUUUGCGCGCGGAGAUUAAAUCUGGUUCUGAGAAUGGAACUAUGAUUGAGAACAUGAUAAAGGAGGGAAAGAUUGUUCCGUCGGAGGUGACUAUAAAGCUCUUGCAGCAAGCCAUGAUAAAGAAUGAGAAUGAUAAGUUCCUCAUUGACGGGUUUCCAAGGAAUGAAGAGAAUCGUGCUGCGUUCGAGAAUGUUACAAAAAUUUCGCCUGCAUUUGUGCUAUUCUUCAAUUGUUCUGAGGAAGAGAUGGAAAGACGUCUUUUGGGACGCAAUGAGGGUAGAGUUGAUGACAACAUCGAGACUAUCAGGAAGAGAUUCAAAGUUUUUGUUGAAUCCAGUUUGCCUGUGAUUGAGUACUAUGACGCGAAGGACAAGGUUAAGAAGAUCGAUGCUGCAAAACCAAUUCCUGAGGUGUUUGAAGAUGUCAAAGCCAUUUUUGCCCCAUAUGCCAAGGCUACAUAGAACAGUAUAAAGGACCACAAAGGUGAUAAAUGGAAUGAUUUCAUACAAGGUUUUGCUCAAGUGUGACUACAUAUCUGUGAUUACAAACCCUUAAUAUAGAUCAGACUUAUCAGUAGACAAUUUGAUUUGUUGCCAGCAAUAAGUUAGAUCUGGUUUGUGGUGUUCCUGCUAGAAGUUUUUAUUUACCACCCAUUGUUGGUGUAUCCCAUGUAGUGUUCCUGUACCAUUGUGUAAUUUACUGAAAGGACGAAUCAGACCUUGUGCCCAUGGGCUAUCCGGUUGUAUUACAGAAAAUUGAACUUAUCACAUGUUCACUCAUAUUUACAUUCUUUAUACACUGUUGGUUCUUCUGUUGAA